CUCACAUUUACCCGGUGCUGCUGCUGAUACUGCCGCUGCCUCCGUGUCUUCCGUGCGGCUCAGCGCGGCCAUGGUGGACUCUCCCAGCGCGAUGAAGAAGACCUUCUCGGUGCCGGAGAUCAAACCGCUGGACCAGUACGACUUCAACCGGGCCAAGAUCUGCGCCAGCGUCCGGUGGCUGCUGUCGAAAUCGUACGGCUCUGCAGAAAAUGUCCCCGUGGAGCUGCGGGAGCCGCUUUACAAGGACCAGUAUGAACAAGAGCACCUCAAGCCGUCCAUCUCAAAGCUGCUUCUCUCUCCUGAGAUCUACUGCCGAGCCCAGGCCUUGCUGGCCCAGGCACAUGGGGUCUCUCUGCCAGCAUCGCAGGGGUCCCCAUCUGACAACUCCGCUCUGCUGCAGUUCCUCAUUAAGAAAGGUUUCACCCCAAAGGUCCAGGAUGCAGACGUCACCGAGGCGGACCUCAGCUUUGUCCCCAUUAAGACGAAAGCCCACCUCGCCCUGAUUGACUCUCUGAUGACGCUGGCUGCCAAAGAGACGGUGGGCAGGGUGAAUAUGGCGGUGGAGGCGGAGCAGAUGGGUGUCGGGGCUCCGUGGGAGAACGCUCUGCUGUUCUGGGUUAACAGGCUGAACCAGAAGUUGAGAGAAAUCACCGAAGACGAAGAGCUCCCCAAGUCGCAGACAUGUACAGACCUGCAGCCUGCUCAGGAUGGGUGUCAAUCCACCCGUUGGUACUGGAAACUAGUCCCCCAUGCUAUCGCUUUUUGUUUGAAGGAGUCUGGGAAUAAGCCGCCAGUGAUUCGCUAUAGGAAGGACAAAGUGCAGUCUAAGCUGACUCCCACUUUCCCUCUGGUUUAUGCGGUCAAAGAUCUGUCUAAUGGCUGUGCUAUAGCUGCUGUGUUGCACUUCUACUGCUCCAGCUUGCUGCCUCUAGAGGAUGUGUGUCUAAAGGACACCAUGUCAGUGGCUGACAGUCUCUACAACCUGCAGAUGAUCAAAGAGUUUUGCGAGAGCAGUUUACAGAGUUGCUGCCCCCUUGCUGUGGAGGACCUGCUCUACGCUCCACCGGUUCUGCAUCUGAACAUCAUGAGCUUCAUAGCUGAGCUGCUGGAGUGGUUUGAAGUUAAGAAGCCUGAUUUUGUCAAGCCCAUACAACCCAUCGACCUCACAGAUGUCUCAGGGUUACUAGAUUGUACAAGUCCUGUCAGCGGGAACAGCAACAGUGGUUCUCCUUCCUUCAUCUUCAAACAACCCUUUGUGCCUAUCUCCUCCCCCGUGUCACCAGAAAACAAAAGUUGGACAAAGAAACAAAUCAGUCGUCCUCUGUCAGCAGUGACUUUCAGCAUCCCAUUUGGGCUCGACAGUGAUGUUGACAUUGUCAUGGGAAACCCAAUAGAUUCUGUCUUUCGCUCCGUCAGCACUGACAGCCUCACCACUGGCAUCCCUGCAAUAACUUCACCAGUGAAAUCAGCAGGGAUGACCCAUGUCCCAUACAGCCCUCCAGAGGAUUUCAGCCACCUGGUCAGCGCUUCGGCACCAUCACAGCGUGCAUCUUGGGGUCCUUAUGCACACACAACACCAAUGGGAGAGCUACCAACCAUUGAGGAGGCACUACAGGUGGUUCAUACUCCUGGCAACAAAGAUCGGAAAAAGGGAAGGACGGCAGAGAAAGGAGUAAAAGGAGUGACGGUAGGAAGGCCAGAACCCAGGUUACGUCCCGAAGGAGCCCCUGCUGGUUUCUUCCUACACUGCCCUGAGGAGGAUAAUCUCCUCCUCAGUAGCUCUGCUCCCUGUCGCUCUGGAGUCCUCUACCAUCCUGUUGGAGGAGGAGUGGGUGAUAAUAAAAAGCAAGGAAGAGGAGAGAGGAGGGAGAGAUCAGGACGCACCUCAGAUAUGUCACGUGAUGACGACUCUGUUCUACGAGAUGGCAGUGUUGACUCCUCUGAAGCAUCGGAUGAUACCCCUAGAAAUGCCCCGGGUAAUAUUCGACCCAAUAACGGUCGCCAGGGAAACCACAGCACCAGCAAUAGUCCACGCAUGACAAGCUUUGCUGAGCGACGAGACAACAGAAGAAGACAUCCUGCUGCUCCUGGGGAGGAGUCGGCCUCUGCUCCAACCCCAACAACCCCAGGCACUCCACAUACACCCUCUACCCCAGCAGGGCUACCUGGCUGCCAGGACAGCCCAGGUCCCAGAGGCCCUGAACCAGGCUCUGAGGCCUGGGAGUUGGGGGCUCGUCUAGAGGAAAAACGUAAAAGCAUUGAAGCCCAAAAACGACGCAUAGAAGCCAUUUUUGCCAAGCACAGACAGAGGCUUGGAAAAACAGCUUUCCUUCAGCUGAAAAGAGAGCAAGGAGAGGGAGGAGGCGAGGGAGCAGAGGAGGAUAGUCUUAGCCUGGAGGAGCGCCUCACGCGUAUGGAGGAACAGCUGAAACAGGAAGAGGAGAAGGAAGAGAAGGAGAAAGAAAAAGAUGCAGAGAAAGAUAAAGAGAAGCCAUCUGUUUCCAAUCCUCCUCGGCUGGAGAAGCAGGUCACAUUCUCUAUUGAAAGUAAGAAAGGAGCAGAGAAAGAAAAAGGAGGGGAAACUGUCAUCGUGGAGUAUAAUGAAGUGGUGCAAAAGUUGAGUGAAGCUCUGCAGUCACUACAAAAGGACAUGCAGAAGCUUACAGAACAGCAACAGCAGCUCAUGAGCAACCAAAGACCCAGAAGUACACCCAAAACUACUCCAAAAUCAACAUCCAGAAGUAAUGCCAAAACCAAAACUCCUCCUCACACCCCAACAAAGACUCCACCAAGAACCCCAACAAAGACUCCUACAAGAAGUACCAGUAAAGCUUGGGUGAUUCCUCCUGUUUCCAACCCGCCCUCUGCCUCCUCCCCAUCACGACGUUCUCAAGUUCUUACUUCUCCCAAAAUUAUCGUCUCUUCCUCGUGCCCAGCUCCUCGCACAAAGAUCCACUCCUCCUCCACUCCACGCAGCCCCAAGCACCACCCUCGUCCCCAACAUCAGCCUCACCCACGGCCCUCUGAACUGAAGUUCCCACCACUCAACCGUGUCUUGACACCAACCCAGAAUGUGGACACGCUCCCCCACCUGCGCCGCGUGUCUCCCAGCAAGUGUCAGGUUCAGACCUCCUCUUCCUUCCGUAUUGGUGGGCCUCGGACUCCUCAAGAGUCUCCUCAGCAAAUCCAGCAACCACAGCCUGAUGAAUGCACCUCAGACACAGGCUCUAGCGAAACACCAACACAGUUCAGCCUUGAGCUGGAGCUGGAGGAGACGGAGGCCGUAGGAGGGCUGCCGGUAUUGACACAGCCCAGACAGGAUCGUCCCAGGGCUGCUGGCGGAAGCAGUUCUGGAGCUCCUUCUGAGUGCUCGUUUGAGAGCGAGACUUUGUCCCUUUCUGCUGCGUACAGCGCAGGAGGUGAAGGUGGGAGAGGUGGGGUUGCGGGGAUGCACUGCAGCCUGAUUGAGGUCUCAUUGUCAUCUCAUGGAGGGCCAGAGGGGGGCAGUGAUGAACCAACUGAUGAAGGACACGAGUUUUCCUCUGAUUCUAUGAGCGACCACACAGAAUCUGCUGCAGACCCAGCUCGAGUACUUGCUGCAGAACCCCUAGACCCCAUACAGCAGCUGGAACUGGCCACAGGAGCCAGAAACUUGCCAGAAGAACAAACUGAAUCCAAAGGAGAACAGACAGGACACACUGAAACUUUGGAACCAAGUGGAGAACAAAAUGAACUGGGGACAAGAGGAGGGAUUCGGUUCUUCUUUAAGGAGGAGGUACAUAGUGAGGAGGAGAUGGCCCAGCGUAGAGCUUUCUUGUUGGAAAAACAGCAGAAGAGAACUGAGGAGAUGAGGAAGAGGAGGCAGUGGCAUGAACAAGACAGGGAAAACAGACCAUUGUCAGACAAAAGAGUGGCAUCUCCCUCGGGUACACCUCCCGCAGGCACAACUUCACCUUUCUCCACGCCUCCCGCUACACCAGUCCGCAGGGGAGAUUUCACACGAGGGGAGUAUGCACUGCGGCAACAGCUCAGGAUCAUGGAUGACCUGGACAAAGUGCUUCAGCAUAAGUCAACCACUCAAGGACGAUCUUCCACUAAGAAAACACGCUCACGGCCUCGCAGCAUGACCAGGGAGGAAACAAAGCUGUCUCUGAGUCCAGCCAAGGGAACACCUGGCUCGAAGUUGAACAAAGUCUACUCUCACUCCUCCCUCAACCUGGCAGCCACAGAUGAGCCAGGAAAGAAAUGUGCAGACCCCACAAAGAAGCCCAGCAGCCGCCCUGGUUCACCUGCAGGAUGUAUGACACCGAGUAGACUGGCAAAUCAGAAUGGAGACAAAGAGUGGGAGGUCGGUUCGAAUGGUACCUCACCUGCCCCAGAAUACACAGGUCCAAAGCUCUUCAAAGAACCAAGCUUGAAGUCCAACAAAUUCAUCAUUCACAAUGCGCUCUCUCGCUGCUGCCUCGCUGGAAAAGUCAACGAGACUCAGAAAAACAAGAUAGUGGAGGAAAUGGAGAAGAGUCCCGCCAACCACUUCCUCAUCCUCUUCCGUGAUUCCAGCUGCCAGUUCAGGGGCGUUUACACCAUGAAUGCCGACUCCCAGGAGCUCGUACGAUUGGCUGGCGUAGGCCCACGGACAAUUAGCUCCACCCACGUGGAAUCCAUCUACAAAUACAGUUCAGACAGGAAGCAGUUUAGUGCCAUCCCCUCUAAAACCAUGGGCAUGAGCGUGGAUGCCUUCACCAUCCCCGGCCAUCUUUGGCAUGGAGGUGGAGGAGCAGCGGGAGGGGGAGGAAGCAGGAGAGCAAGCAUUACUAAGAAGGCAGUGAUUUCGAAGUGAGGAACAUGUCACACUGAUGUGUUAAGUUAUUCACACUGUAAUUAUAGUGGAAACUGUGGUCAAAUAUGUAAUACAAGAGGGGGAGGAAGAAAGCAUUACUAAGAAGGCGGUUAAAACACGUCACAGUGACAGAUCAUUAAAGAAAACACUGUAAUUAGAGUGAACACUGUAGUCAACAGUUACAUGCACACAGAUGAGCCUUCAGCCCUGUGUGUGCAGACCUUACCUCUCUUGCCCUGGCAUUUUACUACAAAUACAAAACACUAAAAAAUUGUUUCUACUCCCCCUUUAUGUGCAUGAAAAUGUUAGCGGCACAACUUUGUUUUCUUAAACAGUGACACGCUCAGAUCCAGAGUGUACAGAGGAAGGUUUUGUAAAAUAUUAGGUCAAUUGCACAAGGAAGAGUUACUUUUAAAAAGUCUCAUUACUUAUACUUUCAUUGUUUGAAGUACAAACUCAAAAAUGACUUUUUUUCUUUUAGAAGAAAAGGAAACUUUAUGAAGUUGUUUAUUGAAAAACACUGACUUUCAUAAGACACACGAUUAUUGUCUGUUCUGCAGAACGUCUCCCGGUUCUGAAGUAGUCUCAAGUAGAAUACCACUUUUAUACAUUAAGCCAAACAACAGGAAAAAAAAAAUGCCUUCUCAUGUCAGAGUUACUGACAGGACUUUUAUCUUGUACAAGUUUCAAAUUCAAUUCUACCAACAACCGUCAACAGGUGGAGUAAAGCACAUUUGUUUUGCAAAAUGAAAGAUAGCCAUAAGCAUAUGAUGCAGAGAGCCAAGGCGAACAUUGCAGAUCUGUAAAUGUGUUGGUGGUUUUCAGAGAUGAUUACCACAGCAUGGAUGGUUAUUUACUGUAUGUGGUAUAAGCUUAUUUCAAAAUACUAUCACAGUGAAAGCUGAAUGUUUGAUCAAACUAUGUUGAUAAUGGGUAUACUGUAUGUACGAGUGUCAGACGUCAAAUGAAGAACAAUGAACUAAUAGCAUAUUGAGGCUGACAUCUCAUGCCAAGCUUACAUUUAGAAGUACAUGGAUUGUUGCACUCGUUCGGGAUGGGUUCCCACAGCUGGUAUUAUUUUG